AUGAUGGAAAAACGGGAGCACGAGCUCUUUCCUCGAAGUCCCGACGCGGGAUCGGGUCCUGGAAAGCGCGAAGACUCCGCCAUCAUCUCCAGACAGAACGGAUACAAGAGGGACGAGGAGCCGCGGAGAGACAAGAGGGGAGAAGGAGAGGGGGAAGAGGAGGAGGAAGAGGAGGAGGAGGAGGGGGGAGAGGAGGAGAGGAGGUGGAGGACAAGGAGGAGGGGGGGAGGCUGCUUCAAAGGGACUGAGGAGACGGAUGACGUUCCGCUGCAGAACUCGAGCAACGGGACCCGCAUCAGCAUCAGCAUCAACGGCGUUGCCAGGGAAACUGCAUCUCACAACGCCCUUGACCUGAAAAGGGAAGUGCCGGUGAUCGAGCUCUCCAGGAGGGACGCUAUAAAGGCGCUGGAGCUGAGGACCGAGAGCCAUUUGGUGCCCAUCACAGAACUCCGCAGACCUCCUCCGCCUGCGCCGCUGCCGCAACGAGACGACGCUCGAAUGGUCCAACUGAGCCCCAACGCGUUCCCUGUCCCGGCCCGGGCGAUGCUCUACAACCUGGCGCAGCCUCUUGCCGCCAUCAACAG